UCUCGGCGCCGGGCUUCCCAUUCCUCAGCCAGCAACCAUGAGGCCAAGCCACCUCCUCCUCAUCCUUCUCUCCCUUUUCUCUUCCCUCCUCCCUUUCGCCUCUGCCGGUCCCACGAACAAAAUUGGCGAGGUCGCUGGCAUAUGUUCCCACACAGACUACCCAUUCCUUUGCAUCUACGCGUCCACCACUUACGGCCAGUCAUAUCUUGCCAUCGACGCUGCGUCCUUACUCGCCAUGCACAUCAAGAUGACCGUCGAUCACACCCAAACCGCGAAGGCCAUAGCGUCGACCUUUGCCGUCAACCCAACCACAACCCCCCAAGUGAAGCAGGCACUGGAGGUCUGCGUCAAACAGUACGAUGAUGCAUUCGAUGAUCUCGCGACAGGGAGCACCGCCGUCGCCGGGCACGAUGCAGGCACAGCCAACAGCAUGCUGAGUGCAGUCAUAUCGUACUACGGCACAUGCGAUGAUGCUUUCGCGGAGAUUUAUAAGGCAAAUCCCUUGGCCAAGCAAGAUGAUUUCUUGAUGAAGAUGGUGAGCAAUGCCCUCGCUCUUGCCCAGUUGAUCCUCCAGUGAUGGCUGCAGCUUUUUCUUGGUGGCAGCGGAAGAGAAAGUGAGAGGGAGGAGUUUGUGGCAUGCAAAUGGAGAUGUGGUUUGUGCCUAUAAUUGGUUUUCAUCCUCUUUUGUGACUCCCUAUAUCAUCAAUAAAUGGGAGCUGGCCUAAUUAUCAGCCAUCUUAGAUCUUA